AUGUCACAUAUGUCUGAGAGUAACUCCAUUACAUAUGAUGACACAUUCUUAUCACCUUUGGAUAACCCAAAUAUCCACACAACCAUCCAUGAGAGACGAGAAGACAUAGAACAUGUCAUAAAUGAGAACCGUCCAAAUGCAACAUUUGAAAAUCAUGUCGAACCUCCUCGUACAAUUUCAUCGUCGGGAAUUAUCGAUCAUACAAACUUUAGACAUAGAGCUGAUCCCACCUGGCAAGUUAUCCCUGAUGCUGUCAACCAUCACAUAACAACAACUGUACAGACACCUGAUCAUGGGGUGUCAGAAACCAUGAUCACUACUCCACACCAACUACCACGAUCUGGGGAGGGUAAUUACCCCGGGCAACAGGUGCGCACCGAGGAGAUUGGGAAUUCUCGAGAUCGCGGGCCUAUCAACCUAAAUACUACGAUCGAUCUAGGUGUAAACGAUGAAAGCUACGAUAACCAUGAUACAUUGACGAAUAAACAUGAUUCCCAGAAUUCUGAAAUGAUCACACCACCAUCUUUUCCAAAUACUGAAUUAGAAUAUCAACACGAUAUCAGUUCAGGGGAGAUGUCGUUAUUGCAAACGAAUAUUGAAGCAGAUAACGAAUUGAACACAAAUGAAGUGAGGUUAAAUGAAACAAUGAAGGAAAAUAACUUCACUCAACAAGAACAAUUCCAUGGGAAAUUAUCGGAUGAAACUGAAACCGAAGAAGAAUCAUCCACAGAUGAAGAGUCAUCUGAAGAAAAUAACCAAACUGGAAUUAAUAAACAAUUUCCACGACAAGAAGAGAGGAUAGUUGAAAGAGUUCAAAGCGAAAACGACACACAAGUCACACAAAAUGAAGAACCAAUCAAUAAUGAAACUCAAAGUGGAAAUAAACAACGUAUGCCAUGGUAUGAAAAUGGCAACGAUGAAAACUUAAGUGAAGAUGGAAAGUAUACUUCACAUGAAUUAAGAAUGGGCACUUUCGAAAACAACGGAAAAAGAAAAAACUACCCAAACCAUAAUGAAUCAAAUAUGGAAACUUAUAUUAGUAGUGAAACAAUCAUGGAACCCAAGAAUACAGAAGAAAGAGAAUCCCACGAGUCAGAUAAUAACCAACUGGAUAGUCACGUCAAUCAAAAAAGGUUGGAAGAUGAUGCCCAAAUGGUAAACUAUCCAAGUACUUCUCAAAGAAAAGCAAAAUUUUUAUCACCAGACUUCAAUCAAACACAUGAUGAGAUUGAACAAUUCAUGGCAGACAUCAAUGAAGAAUCAUUAGAAGAAUAUGAUGGAAUUCUGAGUUUGGAAAAUGUAUUGGCAGAUUCUGAAGAUACAUUGGAUAAAGAACUAGAAAUAAAUGAAGACAGUGGAAGGAUUGAAUCUAUUGCUGAUAGAGUGAGAAAAAGAAGAGGUAUAGAAGGUGCACCAUUUGAUAAAUAUUUAAAGAAAGAUGAUAAAAGUUUUGGAUCAAUAAAAAGUCAGAAGAAAUCUAAUGCGCAAUUGGACGAUGAACUUGGAACACCAGUGUCUACUCUUAGAGGCAUUCCAUUCAGAUUGAGAGAUGGAAGAUCAAGUUUCUUUCCACCAUAUAAGACGAAAUUUGGAAGAAACGUACAUCCACCCAAAAGAUAUCUAAAUGCGAUUGUCAAGAAAAUAGAUUACAAUAGCAAAGAAUGGCGUCAAAGUAUGAAAGAAGAAAUAGACAAAUUCAAAGCAAAUAAUGUUUACACAAUUGCCAAAACACCCAAAGACGUAGUUCCAUUACGAACAAUGUGGGUUCAUACAUACAAAACAAAUGAUAUGAAAAAACAUCACUACAAGAGUAGAUGUGUAGUUUUAGGGAACCAUAUGGUCGAACAUAGAGACUAUAACCCUUUUGCCAUUUCUUCUCCAGUGGUUGACCUCACAAGUAUCAGAUUAUUAACCAUCAUUGCAGUGGAACAUAAUUUGUGCAUACAUCAAUUAGAUAUUGCUUCUGCUUAUUUAAAUGCUCAUUUAGAGAACGGAAGGAACUUGUACGUCCAGCCACCUCGCGGGUUUGAAUUAGAACCAGGAUACUGUUGGAGUCUUAACAAGUCAGUUUAUGGACUUAAGCAAAGCGCACAUAAUUGGUACGAUCACUUCAAAACUGUUCUUCUACUCAAUGGUUUAAAGCAAACACUACACAAUGAUGGAAUAUUUUGGAAAAAUUGUGAGAAUGAUGGAGUAUUAUAUGUGAGUGUGUAUGUCGAUGACGUUUUUAUGAUUGGUAGUACUGAUGAGAUUAUUAAAGAAUUUGUUACUAUGUUGGAAAAAUAUUUCCACUUACAGUAUUUUGGUGAAGCGACCGAAUAUUUGGGGAUACAGUUCAAACGUACUCCCGAUGGUUAUACAUUAGAUCAAAUACCAUUUUUGGAAAAAUUAAUUUCAACAUUCAACAUUCAAGAUAGUUACGGAAAAGAUGUCCCUAUUAUCCCAAAAGAUGUUAACGUUGUUAAAAAAUUGAGAAAAUCAAAUCAAAUAAAUGACUUCAUAAAGUUGGAAAAACCUCAAAGAAUGAUUAAUUCAUUGUCAAAAACAAAAUACAUUGAUGACUAUGAAAUGAGUAACAGACAUGAUUUCAAAACAUCACCACAAGCUGAACCCUUAAGCGCAAAAGGAAAGAAAUUAUAUCAAUCCGCUGUUGGACUGCUCCUAUGGGCGACGUUGAACACGCGUCCGGACUUGUCGUUUUCAGUGAACAGACUUGGUUCACAGUGUGCAAAUCCAAAUGUCGACGAUUGGAAAAGAUUGAUGUAUUGCUUACGGUAUAUUAAGAAAAACAUGGACUUGAAGCUCGAAUAUAAACGAGGUAGAUUAAACAAGAAUUCGAAGGAUUUUACAAUUGAAUGUUUCUCAGAUGCAUCAUUUGCACCAGAUUUGGAUAGAAAAUCGAUAACAGGGACAAGCAUUUUUAUAAAUGGUAACCUAGUUAAUUGGGCAACCAAGAAACAAAAAAUCAUAACUCACAGUUCAGCUGCUUGUGAAAUGCUUGCGUUAAAUUAUACUAUAUUAAAGGCGUUUGAGUUGAGAAACACCAUUGAAGAUCUAGAUUUGAAGGUAAGGAAUGUACAUGUACAUGAGGACAAUCAAGCGGUAAUUACCAUAUUAAAGAAUGAUAAUUUCCACCCACAUAGACCAAUUGAUAUUUGUUAUAAAUACCUCAGACAAAAGUUGAAAGACGGUUAUUUCUCAAUAUCUUAUGUUGAAUCUAGGGAUAAUUUAGCCGACUCAUUCACAAAAGCUUUAGGAAGAAACCAAUUAAUUGAACAUACUAAAAGGAUUAAGGAAAGGAAAGAUUAUAACGAUAAUGCUACACUGAUAGUGGAUGUUAGGACGCUCGAUGAGAUUAAGAUAAACCAGAAAUUGGAACAUCACGAUUAA